CUUAACGAACUGGCCCAUCCUUUUUUCUCAGCACAGAACCUUUUUUUCUUAUUCAUAAACUCUUUCAUUUGCUUGCUAUAUAAACAAUUAUUUUCCCAUUAAAUACCUUAUCCCUCGCUUCUCUUCUGAAAAAAAAUUUCCCCCUUUUUUCUUUAUCAACUUUUUCAUUUGCACCCAUUUUCCUUCUUUCAUACCUUUUUAAAGCUGCGAUUUUGAAGAUCAAGUGCUUGUUCUUGAACUCAAGCAUUCUUAUGGAGGAACUAGGUCGGAUGUUUGGCAUUUGUUCUUCUGGUUCAAGCCGUCCAUGGCUUUGGAUAAUUGAGUACCUAUCAAGCUUCCCCCAGAUAGAUACUUCUAUUAUACGUGGUUUGAUUGAAGAAGCUCCCGUAUUACCAGAGAAUUUAGGAGAAAAUACAAGUGAAAGGGUUGCUUUAAGAUGUCUGGAGGAGUUAUUUGGUCCUAAAAAGGGACUCAGUAUUGUUGCUCCUCCUGAUUCAAGAGUUGCCUUUAAUCUUUCGGCAAGCUGCGAAGAUGUUCUCGAACACAUUGUGCAGGAGGUCUCACUUUCAAAUCUGAAAAAGGCUGGACCAGAGCUUUUGAGAUGGGAUGCUCAUCCCUUUUUAAUGCAUAAAAGAGCUUCCCUACCUAAAUGUGAAUUAGAACAGUUGAAAGAUUCAAUUUUGAAGGGGAUUCCUGUUCUUGAUGGUGAUGAAAAUGUGCCUGCAUCAAGGUUGGAUGACAAUGAUGAUGAAACUGUUAAUCAAGAGGGUAACUUGAUUCCUCAGAUUCAUGAAAAUGAUAAUGAAGUGUUGCAAGAUGGGUUGCUUGAAAGAAAUUUAAUACCCUCUAAGAGGUGUAGAAAUGACUUGCUUGCUGGAGAUUUGGUGGGACUGAUCAGUGUUAACCAGGAUGGUAUGCAUAAUGAUCUUUAUUUGAAUGCAAAGAAGUUCCAGCAGGAUGCCACUUGUUGUAUUCGGUCUGUUGAACAGAUUCCACUUCGAUUGCAUGGUGAGGAACUGUUGGAAGAUGAGUCUGGAAUAAUUACAAAAGUUACUGAAAUAGAAGGUAAUAACUUGGUCAAGGAUUCUCAAGCAGGUAAGGGUGACCAAGAUGUGUGUGUUGCCUCAAGGACACUUGAGCAGAAUAAUGCUGUUGGUCAUGUAGAAUUGCAGGAUAAUCAGACGGAGAAUGUUCAAAAUGCUGAUGCUGAUGUAAUGAUUGAGCAAAAGAAUGGAGAUAGACCUAGCCAAAACGUUGUGGUGGAUCAAUCUAUUUAUGUUGAAAAUGGUGCACUGCAAAAGGGUCCUAGUUGUGAUGCUGGUGAAAAUAUUGAUCAAGGUUUACCAUUAAGUUCCCCAAAUCCUACCCCUGCUGAUGUGUUGCUGCAAAAUAUUGAUCCUGAUGCGGCCAGAGCUGACAUUGAGCAUCCUUGUGUGGAACAAAUAUGUGAAUAUGAAGUUGAGAGGCUUCUCUUGAAGAAGAGCCUUUUCUUGAGUUCGGAGUACACUCCAAAUCAAGAUCCUGUGGGGAAAGCUGGCUGGACAGAACAAAAUUUUUGCGUAAAGUGUAACCAAAAUGGUCAGAUGUUGGUCUGCAGUUCUAGUGGUUGCCCACUUGUUGUUCAUGAGAGCUGCUUGGGUUCUGCUGCUAGAUUUGUUGAUAAGGGCGACUUUUAUUGCCCUUUCUGUGCAUAUUCUGUUUCCAUCUCAAAGUACCUAGAAGCUAAGGACAGGACCUUCUUGGCAAGGAAGGAACUAGCUGCAUUUAUGAAGCAUUUUUCAAAAAAACUUACCGAGGAACAGAGGAAGCUUCAGAAUGAUUCCACAUUAAAUGGUGAUGAAGACCUUGCUGGAAUUCAGGAGACUGGACAUUUAGGAGAGCGAGAACAUAAUUUUAUUGGCAAAAAUGAAGAAGCUCAUUAUGGACCUUCUGUAUCACAUCUAAACGAUAAUGAAGUCUGUGUAGAAGAAAAGACAUUAAUGGGUGGGGCAAUAGAUGUUCAAGGUGAAAAUAAUGAACAGGGAAGAAAAAGUGGUCCAUUGGCACCGGCCCAUGAGAGACCAUGAACACCAACAGGAGGAACAACCUGCCAACCUUAAAUCAGGUAGUGACAAUCCUACCAGGGAAAACACUGAAACCAUCCCUGUAAAUCAGGUAGAAGUUGAUAGAGAAAUUGUGAAGGAAGCUAUAGAGCCUCAGAUUACUGAUCCGCCUCAGAAACCUGUCUGUGCUUUUUAGAGUGAUGGAGAAGAAUCUUCUACUGAUGCAAAUGAUAAGUUUAUAAUAUCUAGUGAUAGAUAAAAAAUGCAACUCUCUCGUUGCUGCUCUCUUGCGUAUUACUUGAAGUGCACUCAUGCAUCCAUUAUACUUAUAAAGAGAGAAACCAAUAUACCUACUGUCAACUGUAUCAUAAAAAAUUAUAGCAAAAAAGAAAAACAAUCAAAGCUUUAUCAUCUUCAGUGCAUCUUCUCCUUUUCUGUUAUUUUUUUUUUGCUUCCGUUGAUUUCAUAUCAUCUCCGCUUAAGUGUUUUUUGAUUCGGGUCCUUUUCCAUUUAUUUUGUACUACUCGUUGAGCUUCUUGUUCUUCAACAGAUCAACAAGUGGACAAAGAGUCAUCAGCAGCAGCAACAGCAGAAGUCUUGAUCUUUUGCUCUCUCCAUCGUUGCUCUUCAAGGCUCCAUACCAAAAUUUCUUUUGCCUUCUAUUCUACUUUUGAGGCUGCAUGCGAGCUCUUCUUAUGGUUUUGAUCAAUGUUUGCUCAGGAUAUUUUCUAUUAACAUGGAGCUCUUUGUACUGUAAAGUACUUUUUAUCCUUCAAUGUCCGCUUUGUGUUGUUUUGAUUAAUUUAUGCUUCAAUGUAUUUAGUUUACGUUUGAAUGCAAUUGGAGUCAACUACUGAUUUGAAUGUUGACAUUUUAAAGAAAAAGGUUAGAUCUGAGAAUUGACAACUAACUACUGGUUUAUUCAU